UAUCAGUUUCAUUUCUGCCUUCAAGGAAUCAACAUUAUUUUCAUCAGACGUUAAACAAAACUUUGUGAUCUAGAUGGAUACAACAGUGGGAAAUAUGGAGAUGGGUGAUCCAGUUGUUCAAAAGAAAAACCUCACAUAUGGAAUUGACGAUAAUCCACCUUGGUACUUGUCAUUUUUUAUGGCGAUUCAACAUUAUCUCACUAUGAUUGGAGCGAUUGUUUCAAUUCCUUUCAUCUUAACGCCCGCUUUAUGCAUGGAGGAUGAAAAUCCCGCAAGAGGAACAAUUAUAUGCACAAUGAUUUUUGUGACAGGUUUAGUGACAAUAAUUCAAGCAACUUGGGGAUGUCGAUUGCCAUUGGUUCAAGGCGGCACAAUUUCCUUUCUUGUUCCUACUCUUGCUAUUUUAAGUUUGGAAAAAUGGAGAUGUCCAGAUUCAUCAGUAAUAGCUGCAAUGGAGUUUGAUGAGAAAGAAGAAAUGUGGAAGGAACGAAUGAGAGAAUUAUCAGGUGCAAUUAUGCUCUCGUCAUUAUUUCAAGUGAUUAUUGGUGGCACAGGUUUAGUGGGAAAGUUUGCUGUGAAGAUUAUUACACCACUUACAAUUGUGCCAACUGUUGGAUUAGUUGGAUUAACUUUAUUUGAUCAUGCAGCAGAAACAGCAUCGACAAACUGGGGAAUCGCUGUUGGCACAUCACUUUUAUUGACAUUGUUUUCACAAAUAAUGGUGGAAAUCAAAGUUCCAGUUGUGACAUAUCGAAAGUCAAAAGGUUUUCAAAUCAUUUGGUUUGAACUUUUCAAACUUUUUCCCGUAUUCUUAUCAAUCAUGAUUAUGUGGUUGAUAUGUUUGUUGUUAACGUGGACAAAUGUUUUCCAAGAAGGUGAUCAAGCAAGAACUGAUGUAAGACUUAAAGUGUUGACUGACGCACCAUGGUUCAGAGUUCCUUAUCCCUUUCAAUUUGGUUGGCCAACAUUUACAGUUUCAGCUGUUCUUGGGAUGUUAGCAGGUGUCUUAGCAUGUACUGUCGAGUCAUUAAGUUACUAUCCAUUAGUUGCGAGAAUGUGUGACGCUGCUGCACCACCCGUGCAUGUCAUGAAUCGAGGAAUUCUACUCGAAGGCAUUGGUUGCAUAUUAGCUGGAAUGUGGGGAAGUGGUAAUGGAACGAACACAUUUGGUGAGAAUGUUGGAGCUAUUGGAGUCACAAAAAUAGGUUCAAGACGUGUCAUUCUAUGGGCAUCUGUCAUUAUGAUGAUUCAAGGUGUUUUUGGAAAACUUGGAGCGAUUUUUAUUCUCAUUCCAGAUCCCGUUGUUGGUGGAAUGUUUCUCAUCAUGUUUGGAAUGAUCACUGCAUUUGGAAUCUCUGCCCUUCAAUACGUCGACUUAAAAUCUUCAAGGAAUCUUUACAUUAUUGGCGUUUCAUUAUUUUUCCCACUUGUGCUAUGUCCAUGGAUGCAGAACCACCCUGGAUCAAUUAACACUGGAAUUGAAGUGAUAGACUCGACAUUAUCGGUUCUGCUUGGAACGAGUAUUUUAGUUGGUGGUGCUUUAGGUUGUCUCUUGGAUCACAUUGUGCCUGGAACUGAUGAAGAACGUGGAGUGAUUGCUUGGGCACUAGAAUUGGAAUUGAAAACUGACAGAAGUUCUGUUGAAGCUUCGACAUAUGAUUUCCCAUAUGGAAUGGAUUUAUUAAAAAAAAUCAAAUGGUCUUAUUAUAUUCCGUUCUCACCAACCUAUGGAAUGAAGCGACCUUGAAAACCUUAGAGAUACUUAAAACUAUAAUAAAUAAAUUCGUUUUAGAUCACAA